GACCAUGACUGAAGCACAAAGUUACUGCAGAGAGAAAUACACGGACCUGGUCACUGUACACAACAUGGAGGAUGUGAACACCCUGAACAACAUGAUGGAUUUAAGCAGAAUGAAAGACCCUCACAUCUGGAUAGGUCUUUACGAUGACCUGGACAGCUGGAGGUGGUCACUGUCAGACAGAAGUUUCUACAGACCCGGAGAGACAGAGUUCAGACUGUGGGCUCCUGGACAACCAAACAACUAUUUAGGGAAAGAACACUGCACAAUGAUUGAUCAUCUGGGACAAUGGAGGGACGUGAGUUGUGAAGAAUCUCAUCCGGCAAUCUGCUUAGAUGUCAGAGGACCGAAUGUGACAUUUGUCUUCAUCAACAUCCCGAUGACAUGGACUGAGGCCCAGAGCUACUGCAGAGCAAACUACACAGACCUGGCCAGUGUGAGGAACAUGGCAGAGAACCAGAAGAUACAGGAUCUGGUACCUGCUGGGGGCACAGCCUGGAUCGGACUUUCCAGAGACUCCUGGAAGUGGUCGGAUGGAAGUGACUCCACAUUUAGGUUCUGGAUGGCUGGACAGCCUGACAACUAUGGGUACAAUCAGGCUUGUGUGGCUGCACGAUUCAACUCCUUUGGACAAUGGGUGGACAUUCCCUGUGAGAGGAAGCAAGCCUUCAUCUGCUACAGUCCACGUGAGUGGUAA